AUGGUUUGGGCGAGAACUCUUCCAGCUCACUAUCAAAUCACUGGCACAGAACAAAGCAAUGAUCUCGCUGUGUGGGAGCGCCAGGCGGAGAAGCGUAGAGAAAAAAGAAGAAAGAAUAAACAAAGAAAAAACGAUGGCCUAUUAGCUAAGAGGAUACAAGCUUUGCAGUCAGACACGAAUGAAGAUACGGAAAUGCAUGAUGAAACGGGUGGUACUAGUACCAGCAGGCAUCCAGCUGCUGCUUCCAUGCCUCCCAAGAAAUCACGGAGCGAAUCAAAAAUAGUUAAUAAAAGGGAGGGAGUUAGAGAACGCAUGAAGAGGAGAACAGUAACUUUAAAAGAUGCAACGGCGCAGGAAAAAGCGGCUAGGAAAGCUAUCUGGAAGGAUUACGUGGCGAACCAGAAGAAGAAAGCCAGGGAUAGGAAAAAUAAUGGCGAUAUCGGAGGUGAGAUUGAACAGCAAGGGGAGGGAGAUUUGAGCGUUGGUUCAAGGGAAAGCAUGAGUGGUGCGAAGGAUGUCAAUGAGGCAGCUGGAGAGAAUAGGGAUGGAAUGAAUUCGGGAGUUGGGUUGAUGUUUGCUGGACUCGCUUUCCGCCCAAAAGUCUAA